AUGGAUUUCCAGAUUACAGAGGGCACCGCGCCCCUAACCCCAGCGAUAACUGUAAUCAGUGAACAGCUAGUGAAAACUGCAGCUGCACAGCCUGAGUCACGAGUGGUUGGCGGGAGCACCUGCACCGAACACUCCCAGCCUUGGCACGUGGCCCUUUACGAUCGGAACCGGUUCUUUUGUAGUGGAUCUCUGUUGAACAAACAGUGGGUGCUCACUGCAGCACACUGCAAAAUGCCAGGCACCACUUACAUCCGCCUGGGAUUAACCAACAUGACAGUCACAGACCGUUCCGAACAGCAGAGAAGAGCAAUAAAGUUGGUGGUGCACCCAAACUAUAACCCUGAAAGCAAGAACAAUGACAUUAUGUUGAUCAAGCUAUCCUCAGUGGUGGACAUCAAUGACAGAGUCCAGCCCCUCAGCGUGGCCAAUCAAUGUGCUGCUCCGGGGACACAGUGUCUUGUGACAGGCUGGGGAACAGUCACCAGCCCUGAACAAACCAUUCCUGAAGCGCUGCAGUGUGCUUAUCUACACAUUGUCCCUCAGUGGAAGUGUGAGAGAAUCUACCCGGAUGCCAUCACGAGCAACAUGCUGUGUGCGGGUGAGAGGGAAGGAAAUGUCGACUCUUGUCAGGGUGACUCAGGAGCGCCCCUCAUCUGUGAUGAAGAGAUUCAGGGCAUUGUGUCUUGGGGUCCAGAGGAAUGCGGCCAGCCUGGGAAGCCCGGUAUCUACACCAGGGCCUGCAACUAUGUGGGCUGGAUUCAGCGGACAAUAAGGCGCCUAUGAAGCCUCCAUGAACGUAAAGGUGUAACAAAUAAAA